GGGAAACUAAUGUUAUGAAACAUGUCAUCACGUAAUGUUGUGGACUAACCGAAGCAGUAAGGUUGAACACGUGUUUCGACAAUGUCUCUCUUUUGGAACUUCUUGUCAGCCCAAAUUGCCAUGAAGAGAUGUCUGUUUUAAUGCGAACAAGGAUUUAUUGAUAUAAUACAUUUGCUUGGGCAGGAAACAUGAGCGGCCAACGUCCCUCCGUUCCGGCCAAUGAUAACGGCAUUACUCCAAUCCAACAGAUGGUGUCGUCCUGCUCCGGGGCAUUGCUCACUUCUUUAUUGGUGACACCUUUAGAUGUUGUGAAGAUCAGACUUCAAGCGCAGAAAAGUCCUUUCCCUAAAGGAAAAUGCUUUGUCUACUGCAACGGUCUUAUGGACCACAUUUGCGUGUGUAUGAACGGCUACAAGGCCUGGUAUAAAGCACCGGGACACUUCAAUGGCACAGCGGACGCAUUUGUCAAGAUCGUACGUAGCGAAGGCAUCAGAUCCUUAUGGAGCGGUCUACCUCCAACUCUAGUGAUGGCCGUCCCCGCGACCGUCAUCUACUUCACCGGUUAUGAGCAGUUGCGUGCCAUACUGAAAGUCAAGAUGGGCCAAUAUGAGCAGUUUGCUCCUAUGUUGUCCGGGGCUGUUGCCAGAGUGGGCGCGGUCUCAGUGAUCAGCCCCAUCGAACUUCUCCGCACCAAGAAGCAGUCAGAGAAGCUGACGUACGGGCAGCUGAGAAACUGCGUGCAGACGGCCGUGAAGGCGGAAGGCUGGCUGUCGCUAUGGCGAGGCCUGGGCCCUUCGCUUCUACGGGAUGUGCCCUUUUCCGCUAUAUACUGGUACAACUACGAGCGUUUCAAGCGGCGGCUGUGCCAGCAUUACGGCACCAGCGAGCCCACUUUUGCCAUGACCUUCAUGUCCGGCGCCAUGUCCGGCACGAUUGCAUCCAUCCUAACAUUGCCGUUUGAUGUGGUCAAAACGAGAAGGCAGGUGGAACUUGGGGAGCUACAAGCGAUGAAUUUAUCGCACAAGGCUUCAUCCACCGUCACUGUCAUGAAGAAGAUUGUGAUGCAGCACGGCGUUAAAGGCUUGUUCGCAGGUUUCCUCCCUCGGGUGGUCAAAGUGGCGCCGGCAUGUGCCAUCAUGAUCAGCUCCUACGAGAUGGGGAAGGAUUUUUUCCGCAAAUACAACCAAGCUCGGACAGACAACAGCGCCUCUGCUGGUGCAACCAAGUAGUGCACACCAUAUCGCCUCAAGACGGAUUUAAUCAACAAUCCAUUCAACACUAUUAACCAAAAUUGUUUAUCGUGCUCACCCCAGAGUUCUUUUAACACAAAGAAAUGAUACCGUUCUACAUCCACUGAAUAAGUGCAUGAAAGAUGUGAUUAAAAAAUGACUACUGUGAAA